AUGGACUUUUUAACAGCUGAAAUAUCAAAAAAACGGAAAGAAAAUGAAUUAGUAGCAAGCAAAAGCAGUCAAAAAUACUUUAAACGAGGUGAUCUUGAAAAAGAACGAGAAAAAGCAUAUUAUGAGGAAAAAAAAAAGAUUGAUGAUGAAAAAGAGGAAAGAUUAAGAAAAAAACGAGAACUUUUAGAAGAAGAAGAAAAUAAAAGAAAUUUAUUCAAAGAAAGAUAUCAAAAAUUAAGAUUUAGGAAUCAAAAUGGAAAUUUUCUUGAAGAAAUAUCUGAAGAAGAACUUAUAAAAAAAUUACGAGAUAAAAAUCAGCCAAUUUGUUUAUUUGGGGAAUCAUUUGAUGAUAGAAAAAAAAGGCUUUCAACUCUUGAAUUAAUAGAAGAACAGCGAAAAAAGCAGGAAAAUAAAUCACCAGAAAACUUACAAUUUGAAGAAAAAAAUGUUCAACAAUCAAAAAACGAAAUAGAAGAACUUAAAAAAGAAUAUAUAUCUAAUCCUAAUGCAUUGGAUAUUAAUUUAAAUGAAUUUAAAACCAAUCCAGAUAAUGUAUACAUAAAAAUAUUAGUUUAUUUUGAGACACUAAUUGAAUUAUGGAAAAAAACUUUGGACGAACGCCCAGAUGACAUUAAAGAGUCUAAGCAAGGGAAGUCAAUAUUAGAAAAUCAACAAAAAUCACAAAAAGAUCUUCAAGUGUUUUUCAAUUUGUUAAGAAAAAAAACCAUGAAGAAUGACAUAUUAGAAGGUGUAUCAAAAAUUACAUAUUAUUGCCAAAGACGUCAAUAUGUAAAAGCAAAUGAUGCAUAUCUUCAGCUUAGUAUAGGAAAUGCAGCCUGGCCAAUUGGUGUAACAAUGGUGGGAAUUCACGAACGAAGUGCACGUGAAAAACUCCAUAAAGGACAAACAGGCCAUGUUUUAAAUGACGAAGCUACAAGAAAAUGGCUACAGGCAAUUAAAAGGCUUCUUACGUUUAUACAAUCUGUAAAGCCGCCAGAUGACCGUAAUCAACUGAUGGGAUAG